AUGUCACUGAUCGACUACCAAACCGUCAUCGAGCGGAUCAAGAGGAACAACCGUCAUAAUCCUGACGACGGUCCUGGUUCCAGUCAUCAUCCCAUGGGUACGAGCCAUGUCAACGUGGAUCAGUCGAUACCAACUUGCACUUUAUCUACCCCGUCAAAAAACGUCUCCGUCUCCCCUGAUCCAACGUCUGUCCCCAACCCUAUCCCUGAUCCUCAUCCUGAACCAACGUUCCUUCCUAUUCCUGUUCCCCUUCCUAUGCCUACUCCGAUCCCUCAUCCGGAUCGAUCAGGGAGAUACAGACCCAAAUCAAAGUCAACAUCGUCCACACGUCGGCCAGAGACGAAAACGAAACCUGAUAGUGGUACGAUACAUCCAAGUCUGGACCCGAUUCGAAUACCGACCAACACCACAACACCGAGCAGUCAUACCACUUUACUCGGUGUGGAGAUGGGUACGACAUCGAUACCCACACCACAAGCCACCUUACUCGGUGUGGAAAUAGGUACGACAUCGAUACCCACACCACCAACCACCUUACUCGGUGUGGAAAUAGGUACGACAUCGAUACCCACACCACCAACCACCUUACUCGGUGUGGAAAUAGGUACGACAUCAAUACCUAUAGGUCAUUUAGAUAAAAGGGACGGAAGACAUGUUACAAAGUUAGAAUUACAGGCAGCCCUCAUCUCCCGUCCAGACCUAUACAACGAAAUGCCUCCCGAAUCAGCUUGCUCAACAUGCCGAGCCGGUCGUUGGAGAUGUAUCGUCGACAAACAUUACAGGAAGAAAUUGAGUUGCAGGAUGUGCGGUAACAUACGUUGCGACCUAGCUACGGAAGAGAGGAGAUUCUUCCUGAGGUCGGCCGCGGGCAAGAGUGUGAAAGAACGCAAGAUUCAAUUGGGGAAACAGAUGGGCAGGUUCGGGGCGGCAAAGGAUAAAGCUAAAGUUUUGGAAACGAGUGGAACAAUCAUCCCGUUUCCCUCAACAUCCACCAUUAUUUCCGAUAUCGACUCGACAACAAUAGCAACCACCCUACCGACCUCAUUCUCACAUACCAAUCUCACUUCACCUUUUCAUCCGGAAAUCAACAACCUUGAAGUUUUAAGGGACGUGGCGUUGGAAUUGGAAAAACGAUCUUUGACAUUAUCAUCCUCUUCGUCGUCAUCGAUAUUACCGUCAUUACCAUUUAGGAAAACAGAUUCGAAUCGUUUACGUUCAGCCAAACCUUCAACCGUCAUCGAUGAAAUCUCUCAUGAUGAUCGUCAAACAACACGAACAACACCAUCUGCAUCUCUACCUCUAGAUGAAACGGACUGUACGGAUAGCCAUCGUGAUGAUGAACAUUGUAUGGACCAAGACUUUAUCCAUCUUGACCACGAUGAAGAUUGUACGGAUGAUGAUCCUCAUCAUCACGAAGACUCGGCCUUCGAUUCGUGUUCUAUAGAUCGAGAUAGGGGAAAAGGAAACGAGGGUGAAGAAGAAAACGAAUACGACUUGCAUGUACAUGAUAUGAACCAUACUCAUUUCGAUCAUGAACUCUACAAAGUCGACCUUUCACUUUCGGAUGGUUUACCCAUGAAGAGAAAGAGGAGGACGGUGGGAAUGCUUGUUGAAUCGGAUACGGGAGAGAUUGAGGGGAGGAGGACGAUAGGAAUGGUCGGAUCGGAUACAGAGGAGAAAAGACUGGUCGAGGAAAGAACGAGAAUAGGAUCUGGGAAAGUAGGAUCGGAAAAGGUUCAUCUGGAUGAUAUCCCACUCAAAGGGAAGAGAAAACGACGAGUCGAGGGGAUGGAAAUGGAAAUGGAAAUGGAAAUGGGACCAGAAAGAAAACGACGAGUCGAGGGAAUGGAAAUUGAAAAAGAAAGAGAGAGAGAAGGAGAAAGUGAAGGAGAAAGAGAAAGAGAAAGAAAAAAAGAAAAGAUUCUUCCAGAUGUAACGAAAACACAACAAACUUUGAAGAAAACGUCGAGACGACCGAAAAAGAGAAAGAAAGAUGGAAAAACCAAAAGGAAGAUGAUUUCUAAACUCGACGUACAUACCAGCAUAUCUCCCCCUACCGCCAAGGAUAAGGAUAAGAAGAUGAAUACGAAAACCAAGACAAAGAUCAAGAAACAAAAUCAAAAGACGUACAUCACCACGAUUGAUGAACAUGUCGUUCACCAAGUAACCCUAUCACGAUACGUCUUGAACGUUUUAUACGAAAAGUUGGCAAUAGCCAACAAGUUUGGGAAUCACGAAAUGGUCGAUAGCGGAUUCAUCGAACGGGAAUGGAGCAAUAUUGACCUACCACCUGCGACCUACGACGUCAACGUCAACGUCCAUGUCCAUGUCAACGUCAACGUCCAUGUCCAUGUCAGCGUCAACGUCAAUGUCAGCCCCGACCGAUCAUCACCAGACGUCCCUUGGUCCGAUCCAACUAUCGGUCCACCUCUGUUCACGUCUGACAUUUCUCAUCCUUUCACCUCUUGGUUCAUCCCAAAAGUUCUCUCCAUCUCCUCUUCCCCCUCGGACCGACUACUACCUUCAAAAGACUCCCAAAAAGUCGAACGAUGGGAACAACUACAAAUGCAUCGAUGGGUGAAGAUAUACUUGUUUACCGAGUGGAAAAAAGCUGUACGGUUCAUGAUAAGGAUUGAAGAGCUUGUUGAAGAACAUGACAGGAGUCCGGACAAGUUGUCGAAUCGACUUGCCAGAUCUUCUGCCUCUGGUGCAAGCAAGCCUUCUAGCAGGGUAGCCAAAGACUGGUGGGAUUGUUUCAGACACGGUACAAAUUGGGACAAGAUCAAGUUCACCUUGAACGAUAACCGAUUCCAAUCUUCCAUCCUAGACCUACGCGAUUCUCUCAAACCCAUCGUCACUCCUUCGGAUCAUCAAGCCCAAUCUCGUUUCCUCUACCAUUGGCGAGGCUUACUCGUCGAACAGGAUAUGCGUAGGACGCCUCGAUGGACAUCAGAGUUUUUGUCAUACCUAGAUGCUCCUUCUGUCCGUUUGGAACCUCAAACAAAUCGUACGUCUCCGACAUCCACUCGUACCCAUCCCGGCGGUAAUCAGACAUCAUCGAUCAACCUUGACGAUUGGGGUAUCAGAACAUACGAUCAACGUCCUCCGGAUUCUGUCAUAUGGAACCCUAUGUCUUUUGACGAAAUACCACUUCAACACGAAUUCUUUUCAAACCUAUUGGUACCUGCUAAUCGAAUAUUGAGCAAAGGUCUGGAUCUGUUCAGGGAGGAAUACAGACAAAGCUUGACGGACAGGGCUUUCACUUUUGCUGUCGGUGGAUCUGGUACCACGGAUUUCUCAGCUUUGAGAAGGAGAAGACAUGAUCAAUCUUUGGUCGAUCCAUUAUCUCUCACUGAAUCUGAAUCUGAUUCUGGUCCUUCAUCAUCUGUUGACCAUAUAACUCUACGCACUACUUCCCUCACUGCGAUAAGGACGAUCAACAUCCCUCUUCUCCCAUCGGCUUACGACAUACCUCUUCCCCCAUCGACACACGACCCACUUGUUCAUCCAUCCGGAACGACCGCCAUGACGGCGGAAGAGGAUGCAACCCCUGCGUCGGUACAAGGAGAGACGAGAAACGUUCCCCAGGUGACCCCUGCUUACAACACUGUAGGAUUCAUAGAGUUUAAACCAUUCUUGACGUUGCGUGAUCUUGUCGUUUUCCUCACAAUGGUGGUUUCUUCCAAAGGAGAAAUGUCAAUGGAGAUUUGGAAUGGAGACACCACACCCAUCUUCGUGGGAGAUGAUGACAAGGUUAUCUCCGCAGGUCUCAGAUGGUAUUUGACUCUGGUAUUGCAACAAUUUCACAAAUAUCAAACCCGUCACCCACUCUUGUCGUCAUACGAAGCUUGCAUCCGUCUUUACCUCACACCGACAGAUAUCCAAAUAUCCAAAAUCAUUUUGAGAGACGGAUCGAAAUCCAACAUUGAAAGAAUCAAACAAGCCUCUGGUCCGAUUGUCAGAGAGAUUAUCAUCCAUCGACAAGGACUUGAUACACGUCUGAGAAGUAACGAUAACCUUCCGAGUGAAAGAGUGUUCGACAAUGGGAGAGGAGGACAAGGGAGAGACAAUAGCAACCUCAUGAGAGAGAUUGAAAUGGAUAACAGACGAGCUACGGACAGAAGAGUUGACAGGAUCUGGAAAACGAUUUUACAAGUGGAUGAAACGAACGAAGAUUGUUCUUCUGGAGAAGUAGCGGUGGACAUGUUGACAAAAGGUAUCUUUAAUGGGGAUGAUGAUGAUGAUGACGACGAUAUGGUUUGGAUGUCUGGGCUCAUUUCGGAACACGUUGCUUUAUCUCAAACUCAAAGUCGGACUUCAACUCGAUCCCAACCAACGCCGUCCCAACAAGCGCCGUCCCAACAACCAUCAUCUCAAGUUGAAACUCACCAUCAGACUCUCACGCAGAAUCAGAGUCAAACGCAGCCCAACAUGACUGGGUACUUUACACCGUAUCUAUCUCUCCCUGCCAACCCUAGAUCCAAACUGUCAAGAAUGUUUCAACGAGGUUUCCUCGAAUGUCUGUUCCCUUCAUAUCCAUCUUUUGAUAUCUCGUCAAUGAAUGACUCGUCUGAUCUUUCCCCUUCUUCGUCUUUUCAGAAAACAUCACCUCACCUCCAACAGCGAUGGUAUCCUCUUUUACCUACAACCGAAUCAUCAGUCGAGCCCGUCAAUUCCCCAUCGAGAAAGAAAUCAUCGUGCGACAUGUCGUCGGUCGCGGUAGAUGAAGACGGAUCAAAUUCGGACAUGACAAUGGUAUCAGAUGGUUCUGAAGGUUCAACUUUGAGGGACGAACAACGGUCCCCAACCCUUUCGAAAUCCCCAGGGACGUCAAGCGUCCAUGAUGAUUGCCCUGUGCUUGCGACAGUGCAAGAAAUCCUUUCGAAGCAGAAGGUUUCCCUGGCUCCAAAAAAUGAAGAUGCAUCAACAGCUUGGAAAGUGAGAGAUGAGCAAGUCGAUUAUGAUAUCACAUUGGAUCGACCCAACCGGAUGAACGACGAGGUCAAUGAAAUCAAUACGCCUGCCUUGACGUCAAUGCUCUUGGAACCUACCUCCUACUGCGGCUCUGGGAGGCUAUACCAAGUCAUACGUGCAGACGCUUGGUUCGCCGGUUCAGCCAGACCUGUUUCCGUAGUGUUGAAGAUAUGCCAUCUCGGUCGGUUCAAUCCAGGAGGUUCAGAAGAGAGUAAAGAGGGAAAAGACAUGAACGCUGAACAGGGUGUGAUCAAUGCUCAUGACCUUGAUGAUCAAUUUGGGGAAACGGAAACGGAAACCAAACACGAAAUCAAUCUUAAUCUUCAUCCACCUUAUACUCGUUCCGAAGCUAUCCAUCACGUGUUGGGAGAAAGAGACGUAAUGUGCGGUAGAUUGAGAAACGAACAAGGUAAAUCUAUACCAAUGUUUUAUGGGUUAUGGGUCAAGGAUGAUUUCCAAACUCGGUCAACAAACGAACUCGAUCCCAAUCUUGAUUCGACCAACCCUUUUUCUCUGACGUCUGUGAACGGUCUGGAUCCCGAUGGUCCGGUCUCAUUCAGAACAAGACGUCUCAAGCGUUUAGAACCCACUGAUCCUAUCCCCGGAUCGAGAUCCACAAGUGGAAUGGAUCCCUUGACGACGUAUGGUCUGGACAGAAACUUGAAACCUGAAGCACAAGCGUUGGAAUCCAUCUCCAACCUUCACGAUCGAGGUGUCAUCCAUGGAGAUAUACGUGCUCGACACUUACUCGUUCGACCAAAUCAUCAACCUAGUCAUCGUUCAGAACAUGAUCCCUCACAAAAUCGUCGAGAUCAAACUCUUGGAAAUCGAAAUCUCGCCAGAGGUCAAGGAACACGUCAAGACGUUGAAAACGAAAACGACGAACAUGGUGCGAGUGAAAGGGCGACAAGACGAAACACCACAAACGUUUCUUCUCGUUCUCCACAGGUUCAGAUUACGUUUUGCGAUCUGGAAGGUUGUUGGUCACCUCGAGAAGACGAGUUUGAAAGUGAGAAAAAGAUUGAAAUCGAUCAGAUCCAGCGAGUGAUCAAGUCGAUUCCUGAACCGUCGUGGUUUGUCCUAGGGCAGAUGAUUAGGAGACACGAUCCAUUAGCACCAGAGCCCCUAGAUUUCCACGAGACAUCCAUCGAGUUCGACCCAACCUGCGACCUAGUCGUCGUGUUUCCAGUACCGUUACAAGUUGAAGAAUCAGCCUUACGCACCUUGGGUCGAAUCGGAGGGUACUGUAUGCUCACCAGAGGGAAAGCGCGGAAAAUGAUACCAGAAAAAGAGGAGUUGGAACAAGGGCUGGUCCCAGAGGAAGAAAUACCAACAAGUUCUUCGAGAAGUACCAUUUCACAUGAUCUCACUUCUACUACCACUACCCCAGAUCCGCUAAAUGAAUUAUCGCAGCAGUUGUCACAAUUGUUAGCCAUUAUGACGAUGCAACAAAAAGAACAAAAUGCAUUAAGGGAAGAACUGGCUACGAUGAAAGCUGACCGACAGAACCAACAGAUACUCACAUCGAAAGGGGCAAGUUUGAUCGAAGUCGAAGAAAACAAGCCGUGUUUGGAGCCAAAACUUACCAACAACGAACGAACAGGAAGAACCAGGUGUGCGGAUCCACCUACCUUCAGUGGAGAACGAGGAGAAUUGGACAACUUCCUUGCAGCAUGUCACAUGAACUUCGAAUUCAAAGGGGCAGAGUACGCCACCGAUCGCAGAAAGAUCCUGUUCAUGUACGGGUAUCUUCGAGGCACCCCUCAAAUGCUCAUAACCCCGGCCAUAACCAAUCCAAUGGUAGUGGUAAAUAACACCGAUCCUCGAACCAAAUCGGACUGGAUCUAUUUCAAACAACAUGUGAUAGGGACUGAGGAGAACCAACGGAUGGCUGAAACGAUGAUUGCGGCGAAUCGAUGGGCUGCUAGACGCAAAAAUGAGACGACCUGGCUUCCCCCUCGAUCGAAUUCGAUGCGAUUGGAUACUAGUCCGCCCAACCCGGUAGAACGCCACUCACAAUCGACUGGUAGAGGACCCUUGCCUGGUGGAAAACCAGGGAUGAUGAAUUAUGGUCUACCAAAUGACCCUCCGGUCACUUGGACAGAGGACGGAGGACGUCUCAGCGAGAACGAAAUGACUUGGAGGAGGGAGAACCGACGUUGUCUCAAGUGUAGAAGUCCAGAACAUUACGCCAACAACUGUCCAAAUGGAGGAAAUACGAGGAACAACAUUAGGGGAUCCCCAAACCCGCAUAGCUCACCAAUUCCUAGUGGAUCGAACUCGAUCCCAACCGGAUCCAAAGGGCCAUUAGUUCGAGGAAUGGCGGUGACCUUUGAAGAAGAGGGAAACGAAUACCUGGCCUAA